AUGAAUGAUCUAAAUAAUCUAUUGGAUAGCAUUGAUUUAAUUGAACCCCCAUUUACUGGACCAAAUUUCUCCUGGUCUAACAAGAGUUUUGGUUCCAAUCUUAAAGCUAGUAAAAUAGACAAGUGCUUUGUAAAUGCUGAUUGGAUUGCAUCCUUCCCUAAUUUUUCUGUGAUUUCAUCCCCCUUAAGUUGUUUCCAAGCUAAAAGCUUUAAAGCCCUCAAGAGGCUUAAUAAAGAGGGGUUUGGAAACAUCAACGCCCUCGUGAAGCAAGUCCAAACUAAAUUGGUUGAGGUUCAAAAUCUGCUAGAAGAUGACCCCACUAUUAUUGCUCUUAGACAGGAAGAAAGGAACAUCAUGGAUUCACUUAUCAAUAACAGCCGACAUGAAGAGAUUCUCCUUAAACAAAAGUCAAGGAAUCUUUGGUUGAAAGAAGGGGAUAGUAACAGUAGAAUUUUCUUCAAAUCCUUAAUGAAAAGAAGAGCUUUAAAUUCUAUUAGGAGCAUCUAUAAUGAAACAGGGGUCUUGUUAUUAGAGGAAGAGGAACUGAUCAGAGAUCAUAUUGUUGAGUUUUAUGGUAAACUUUUGGGUACCAGCACUCCUAGAAUUAACAAGCAAUCCAAGUUCUCUUCCCUCUUUCCAGAGGAUGUAUCCUCAAUCCCUGCCCUCAGUCUGACUUUUCGAAGAAAUGGAAUUUUUAAAGUUAUAAGGGAACUUGAUGAUUUUAAAGCUCCAGGCAAUAUCUUGGAGGCCAUCCAUGUUCCAGUCAUCUUGAAAGAUUGCAUUAAGUUAUGUUAUUCUACCCCCAAGUACUCUAUUAAUAUCAAUGGUGAACGUUGUGGGUAUUUUAAGGUUGCAAGAGAUCUUAGGGAUAUUAAUUCUGCUCUUUAUCUGGUGGAUGCACUUGAUGAAUUUUCUGCCCUUACUGGUCUACAAUUAAAUCCUAGUAAGAGCCAAGUUUACUUUCCUGGUUUGAUUGCUAUUGAAAAAGAUUUUAUCCUUGAUCACCUCCCUUUUUAA